UUUGCAUGUGAUGAGUUUCAAAGUCAUUUGGAUAAUCGGAUUUUUUUUUUUGGAUUUAAAAAUAAAAUCUGCCUAUUUGACCAUUGAAAAUUAUGGCAUCGAAAAUCACUGGAAAGGGUAAAAUAUUACAUGAAUUACGUAUUCAUCUUUGUCCUAAUGGUUCUACUAGUCAAGGCGCAAGAAAUUUUAUCCAAGAACAUUAUGCAAAUCUGAAAAAACAAUUGCCUGAUACACCAAUAUUGAUUCGUGAAGCUCGAGGUAUUGAACCGAAAAUUUGGGCUCGAUAUGAAUUUGGUAAAGAACAAUGCAUCGUAUUGAGUAAUCAAAAUUCAUCAUCGAUAAUGUCAAAUGUGAAACAAUUGAUUGUUUAGAAAAAAAAAAUUAUUUACGAAUAAACA